UCAUCUGUUUCAAGCCUGGGAGACACAUUUUGUUUAAUGAAAGCGGGUAAAAUUUAAUUGUUCAAUUUAUCUCUUCUUCUUGACAUUAAUUAUUAAUAGUUUGAUCAUUUUUAUAACCUUUCAUCAUGGAUACAAGUAGAAUGAACUUUUCUUUAAAUUCAAGUCAUUACAACUCCAUGGUUGCUCAAUCUCCUGCCGUUAGAUCUUCUCGGAGUCGUUAUGCCAAUCUUCUGUCAACUAGUCGACAAGCUGACCUCAGUAAUAUUACCUUUUCAUCAUCUUUUCGCCAGAUUUUAUCACCAACUUCUCCAUUUCUUUUGCCUCAAGAAGAUACGCCAGAAAUUAGGGAACAAGUAUUUCCAUGUUACACUUUAUUUAAAUCGUUUCUAGAAUCCAAGAAACGACUCGAUGAAGAUUUGGAUCUAUUCACACUUGCUGAAGAAUAUGAAAAACAGUGUUGUGAUCAUCUCUCAGUUCUUAUGUCACUUAAAACGGGUCAACCCAUGGAUCCUAAAGAUGUGACCACUUUACCACCCAGAAUGGAAACCCUUUUACGAUCCGAACGCAACUCAUGGAGAAUCAUAAGAGGUCUCUUUGAAGAUCGAGUUAAAAGUGCUGAAAACUCUCAACUAGAAAUGUCCGACGCUGAAGAUAUGAUGGUUGAUGCAGCUAAUAAAAAAAUGAGUGACCAAGAAGUAAUUGAUGCUUUCUUUGAACGUGACAUCAAUGCUAGAACCAUGCAACUUGUAAUUGAUUGGCUAGAACGAAAUGAACAAGAAGACAUGGAUUCCGAAAAGUACUGUGAUAAAAUGGAAUUCUAUUCCGAAGGACCUCAUAGCUGGGAGAAUACAUUGCAUAGUAUAAAAAAUCGGCAGUUGACUAUUACUGACAGUCAACAUUGUCUAGAAAUGGAUCCUGAUGCUCCAAUCAGAAGUAACCGUCCGCUGCAUGAUCUUGAUAAAGAAGAUGAAAAUAGGUUAUUCAAGCAUAUUCUUCGUUAUCUUAGAGCUGGAAGAUUGGAUUUUGCCAAAGAAAUAGCAGAAAAACUUGGUCAUCAUUGGUUAGCUGCUGUUUUAGAUGGUUGGAUUUUAUUUGAUGAUCUCAACUUCAAGGAAGGGCUAACUGAAGAUGAAGGUAUGCUAGUUGUGCAAGGUAAUGCUUGUCGUGAUCUUUGGAAAUAUACUUGCUUCAAAUACUCUCAAAUGGAUAACACCAAUCAAUCAGUAUAUGAAUCAGCAGUUAUUGGUGCUCUUUGUGGUAAUUUAAAGCCAGCUUUAUCACUUCUUACUCGAUGGUCUGAUAGACUUUGGUUACUUAUUAGAGCCUCUCUCGACUGUCUCAUUGAACAAGAACUUCGUCAUACCUAUUUGCCAAAUAUUGUCACUGCCCGCGGAUCAGGUCCUAUUGAAAAUUUUAGGAGAAGUUCAGUUGAUUUGCCCGAUGAAUACUGGAGUAAUUUAAAAAGUUUUGUCGAUAUUUUCCGUGAAGCUGAUGCUUGCUUUAAAAAUGAAAAUAUUUCUAUGGAAGAAAAGUGCCACCAAGCAUUGCAGAAAAUGAUUAUCUUAGAGGAUAUUGAAGGGGCUUUGGAGUUUAUGAUUGAUUGGAUUCGAAACAAUUCAAUUGAGAAUGAAAUAAGACCCCAAAUUUGCCGAUUCUUUGCUCAUGUUGUUCUGUUUCUCACCGAGUUAAAAUUAAUCGAUACCGACUCUAGACGAGGUUUUGCCAUUUCUGUUCUUGAAGAAUAUAUUAAAUACUUGAUUGAUUGGAAAGAGAUCGAGUUAGUAGCUCCAUAUGUAUCUCACCUUCCACCAGCAUGUCAAGUCACAACUUAUUCCAAACUUCUUGAAUGUAUCACUGAUAGAAAAGAACGACAAUUAGCUUUGAAAGCAGCUAAAGAAGCAUCAUUGGAUAUCCAAAGUAUUACGAAAACAGUUGUAGAAACAAUUAGAGUUGAUCAACAUGAUAUGAUAAAGAAAGGAGAUUUAUCUACCUUGCCUUCAAAUGUCGCUGCUGAAUCAGAGGAUGACAAUAUAAAAAUUGACGCACUUGAUUGGCUUUCCAUCGAUGAUGUCAAUUAUAUUGAAUUAUUACUUCAAUCAAAUGCACUUCUUCGUCAAUUUUCUCUUGCAGGUAAAACAGAUUCAUCCAAAAAGACUCUGAAAAAACUUCCCGGUAAUCUUAUUGAUGGAUCUCUCAAAAUGUGGAGAAAGAAAGCGGGACAAAAGAAAAAACCUCCGCCUCGACUUAAUAAUGCCAUUCGUGAACAUCUUUGUCAUUUAGCAUACUCACAUGCUAUUGAAGCAUUCGAUGAAUGGUUAACUUACUUUACAAAUAGUAAACCUGAAGAACCUAAUCCACCGACAUCCAACAGAUUUACAGAUAAAGUCGCAUAUCAACACUCUCUCAAACAAUAUGAACAUGAAGUUGAGCAAUGGAAAUCAAUUUUAGGCUUACAAGCUAGAUUGUCGGCUGAGAAAAUUUACAAUGUUCUCUGUUUUGCUGACGGUGGUUGGAUGGUAGACACUAAAGCAGAUCCAGAAGAAGAUGACUUCCGAAAAGAACAAAUGUUUAGCCUUCGUAAAUCUAAAAUUCCUCAAUUAACUUUCUUAUUAUAUACAGUUCUUCAUUCAUCAAAUCGAUUACAGGAAUGUCUUCAAAUUGCUGAUGUGAUCUCUUCCGAAAUAUACCAACUUUAUAAGGAAUUUGACCGAGAUCAAAUCAAAGCUUUGUUGCACAAAUUACGUGAAACCUCUAUAGUUCUUCUCGAUCAAGGUAAAGACUGUUGUGGUUAUUGAUAAACAAUUAAACGGUUUUCUAAGCUUUUAAGGUGUAAAUAAAUUUCCUCUUUAAAAAAUAA